AUGAUGCGGCCGCUGGGCCGCCUGUUCCGGCCUGAGCGCGUCCGCGCCUCCGCCUUGGGUCCCGGCUGCGCGCCCGGCCCGCCCCGAGGCCCGCCCCGGUCCGCCCCGGCCCGCCCCCAGACUCCGCCUCCGCCUCCGCCGGGGCGGGCCGGGGCCUGGAGGCCUGGUGCUUGGAGGGGGUGCGUGGCCAGGACGCCCCCCAGGCCGGGGCGAGGACGGCGGGGCCCUCCGGAUCCUGGCUGCGCGGUGGUGGGGGCCAGGCCUCCAGGACUGUGCCUUCCAGAAUUGCCGCCCUGUAGCUACGUGGACUCAAGCAGAUGGCUUAAGCUCCCUGUCUGUGCCCUCGGCACAGAGCCGGGGUUUGGUCAAGGCCUUGGGAGCCUGAUCUACAAACGGCAGUGCGGACAGAUCAAGCGUGACGCCUGGGUCACCACCACAGGCACCAUGGGGACCAGCGACGGGCACAUCGGCCAGCCCUAUGGAAACUGGAUGUAAUGGCUGGAGCUGCAGCAGCUAGUCUGGGCAAUGAGGAGACUUUCUGGACAUGGGCGCCUCCCAUGGAGAUGAAGACUGACACAGGCUGAAUCUGCACCCCUGGGAGAACUGGCUGUGCCCCUAAACUUCUCAGGUGUAAGGCGGGAGCUGGGAAGCUAUCCUGUUUUGAGCCUUGUAAUUUUGGUAUUUUCCAAUACUUCCCCCUGAUCUCAACCCCAUUUUGAAAAAGUAAAUCCGAUGAUGUCGCUGGCCAGAUUUAAAUCUAUGAAAACUCUCACUCUGGACCUGGACCCUGCACACCUCCGCUGUUGGGCUGGCUCCUGCCCCGCCUUUCCC